UGCACACGUUUUGUGACACCAUCAAAGCUUCACGUUGUAAAAGAUUGAGGUUUUAAAUGACAAUUGGCUCAGAAGAACAUUGCAGGCUGUUGUUGUAUUUACAAGCAUUUCAAACCCAGAAAACCCAGGAGAAAAAUUGCUUCUCUUGCUGUUCACUCAGGAAAUGGGAGACUAAUCUUGUAUUAAUGAUAAGCAAUUAAUGUAUCAAAGGUCUUAUGCUUAGGCUGUUACACAGUUGUUUUACAUCUGUUCCAGAAACGAAACACUUGACAAUUAUAACUUUGCUGAACUUAAAAACUCUAUUAUCUACAGUUAAAAUGGAGCAUGAAAGUCCUUUGUAGUUUCCAUUUGCUUCCAUAUCAAAUGAAGGGUGGGGAGCAGAGGUGUUGCUCUGAUGGUGAGCUAAAGAACCAUUCGUCUUUGGUAGGAAGAAGAUGUCUGUGGGGACUGCGUAGGUCAGCGAGACCCCUGUGUGAGGAGGUAGCUCAGGCACCAGGAGAAUAUGACAGAUACCUAGCAUCUAGCAAAACCAUGGCAGCAGCUUACCUUGAUCCAAACUUGAAUCAUACACCAAGUUCAAGUGCAAAGACGCACCUCGGUACUGGGAUGGAGCGUUCCCCAGGGGCCAUGGAGCGAGUCCUAAAGGUUUUUCACUACUUUGAAUCCAGCAGUGAGCCAACGACAUGGGCCAGCAUUAUCCGGCAUGGAGAUGCUACUGAUGUUCGAGUAAGUCUGGUUUUAACAUUCUCUUGCCAUCUUUAGGUUAAAUGUGAACUU